AGGGCGACUCUCUGUCUCUCUCUCUCCGCCUCCGCCGAGGGCUUCCGAGAAUCCACCAGCGGAGCAGCGAGACAGGGACCCCUCCGCCGUCACCAACACCGCCCUACUCGCCGCCGCCUCACCGCCUCCACCGCCAUCUUCUACGUCCUCCCGUCCCCGUACCGGAGAUCCGGCGGUUCUCGCGACAAUCUUUCUCUGUUCGGAAUACUGCGGUCAACCUUCAGUGAUGAAAUAUUGAGUGACUGGAAGAUAUUUGGCUUUGCACGAACAAGAUCUCACAUGGAGCCAUCCUCGCAGCCUGAGCCUGUCGUGGGUGUGGCCACUGCUGGGUCACAAGCAUAUCCUCCUCCUGCUGCCUAUCCAGCUCCAGCCAUGCCUGCCGCCAUUCCUCCUGGCUCGCAGCCAGCAGUGCCAUUCCCAGCUAAUCCAGCUCAACUCAGUGCUCAACACCAACUGGUUUACCAACAAGCCCAGCAAUUUCACCAACAACUGCAGCAACAGCAGCAGCAGCAACUUCGUGAGUUCUGGGCUACUCAAAUGGAAGAGAUUGAGCAGGCAACUGACUUCAAGAACCACACCUUACCACUGGCAAGGAUAAAAAAGAUAAUGAAGGCUGACGAGGAUGUCCGGAUGAUCUCCGCAGAAGCUCCUGUUGUCUUUGCAAAGGCAUGCGAGGUGUUUAUCUUAGAGUUGACACUUAGGUCAUGGAUGCACACUGAGGAGAACAAGCGCCGGACCUUGCAGAAGAAUGACAUUGCGGCUGCCAUUACCAGGACUGACAUCUACGACUUCUUGGUGGACAUCAUUCCCAGGGAUGACAUGAAGGAGGAAGGCCUUGGGCUUCCGAGGGUGGGCUUGCCACCUGCUGCUCUAGGGGCACCGGCUGAUGCCUAUCCUCCUUAUUACUAUGUGCCAGCACAGCAGGUACCCGGAGUAGGAAUGAUGUAUGGUGGUCAGCAGGGUCACCCAGUGGCAUAUGCGUGGCAGCAGCCUCAAGGGCAACAGGCCGAGGAGGCUCCUGAAGAGCAGCAGCAGUCUCCCUCAAACUAGCCAAGAGAUUGAUGCAAUGAAGCCAUGACAUGAUCCUGAACUUGAUGCCUAUAAACUCAGGCUUGUGUUAAUUUAUUUCCGUCAUCGUUGGCCGGAACAGUUACUCAUGGUUAGGUCUUAGGGGGGGUUCCUAAUGGUAGCUUCGACGCUGGUAUGCUACCGGCGGUAGGAAAAAAAAGAUUGUGAUUUGUUAGGUGAUUUGAAACUGAUUUAGUAAACAGUACCUUCGUUUUUGCCCUAGUUUCUAUCUAAUCAAAUAUUCCAAAUGCCCGCCUUGUGGAGAGCCUUGUAAGAAUCGAUCGGUGCAGGCUGAUGUCA